AAAGUGACGUAGUUCCGGGUUCCUGAAUAUUAAACACUUUUCGCGCCAACAUUGAAACAACAGCUGCUACGUUUGAUCCAGCGCAGCAAUAUUUAAUCGCCUCAUUUGAAAACAAAGCGAAGAAAAGCUAUCCAAAUCAACAUGACAGAGGAGGAGAAUCUGGACAUGUUGCUGUCUUUAUUUGCGGAGAGUGAGAGCCAGGAACAGGUGACCCCCGCUGCUGGAGAGGGCAGUGAUAAUCUGGAUGACCUCUUCGAUGAGGAUGAUGAUGGUGAUCCCUAUAUUGAGCCGGAGGAGGAAGGGGAACACGACGUGGCACCUGGGAACUCCAGCUCAGCUGAAGGGGGCAGUGACUUGAAUAAGGAAGAUCUGGAGGCUGAGCUGAAAUUAAUGCAUCAGAAGAUGCAAAAACUACAGCAGCAGCUGGAGGUCUCACAGAAAACCACACGGCCUGAAAACAAACCCUCCGUCCAGAGACAGACAAGCACUAAGUCCUUAACAACACCUCAGGGGGUUUCGAAAACACCCCCACCAACAGCAUUGAACGGCGACGGCUCUCCUCCAUCAGAUGUCACCGCAAAGCUGAAAAACAAGCAGAGGACGGCCCACCAACACAAAGCAGCCACCUCAGAAAGGCAGACUUCUUCUGGCCAGAGUGUGAUCAACGGCUCAUCUCAGCCAGUAAGAGACGCUGCAAAAGUAAACCGCACGUUGAAGUCACCGCUGUCUCUCAAGACUCCUCCCACUGUGAGUCAGGCCAUGCCUCGUCCGUCGGUCAGUCAAGAGGUUGCCGUGGAGAAGUUCUCAGGUCUCCGACUCAGGAAACCACGCCUAUCUUCCAUAGACAUUGAGCAAAAAAUGGCCAACCGCAGACUGAUCAAGCUCUCUCAGUUGCCCGAUCGACUGGCCAGGGACAAUUUAGAGGACAGCGACUGGGUCACUUUCGCAGUGGUGAUAAAUAAAAUCACCCCACAGAGCAAAAACAAUGGGAAAACCUUCAGCAUCUGGAAGCUGAAUGAUCUUCAUAAUUUGGAAGUGAUUGUGUCUCUCUUCCUGUUCGGUUCUGUUCACACAGAUCUGUGGAAGACUGACACUGGGACAGUGAUUGGCAUCCUCAAUCCCAACCCAAUGAAGAACAAGGAUGGUUCCAGUGAGCUCUGCCUGACAGUGGAUUACCCACAGAAGGUCCUUAUAGUGGGAGAAGCCAUGGACUUCGGCACUUGCAAGGCUAAAAAGAAGAACGGAGACUCUUGCACUCAGCUAGUCAACUUGUAUGAAUGCCAGUACUGCCAGUACCACGUUAAAGCCCAGCACAAGAAAAUGAGCUCGAAAAGGGCGGAGCUUCAGUCUAGCUUCACAGGCUCCGCCCCUGGUAAAGGAAGGGGGCGGAGCAGUUUGAGGGAGCGCCUGUGCCAAUCUGACUUCCACUACGGGGGCAUGUCCUCACUCGCCUGUGCACCCUCAAUGUCUGCCCCACAGCCAAAGAAACAACCCACUAUACAGUCUGCUUUGGCAUCCAUCCCAACAAACAAACUUGUUCUGAAUUCAGGAGAGGUGUCGGGCUGUUCAGAUGACUUCAAAGGCCUGAUAUCUAUGCCGACACCUGGAGCGCUUAAUAUUAAAAAGCAUAUAGGACAAGCCACGAAUACAGCUGUUGCAGGAUCAGCUUCAGUUCAGUCUAUAUCAGCGUCUGACCUUCUCAAGCAGCAGAAAGAAGAGCACCAGCAGAGAAUGUUGGCUCGAAAGAAGAGGGCGGAAGAGAUUCAGAAGAGGGUGCUCCAGAGUAGUGCUCCCUCCCGGCCAAAUGUAAGCAGGGGUCCCUUGCUCUCCCCGAAAGCAGCCUCAGAGGUUCCAAAAGGGUCGCCUGGCCUCACGUCUCGUCUCUCAGGCCCUCCUGUGCCCACACUGGGCCGUGGCUUUUCAGAAGGAGAGGACAUCCUCCUUGAUACAUCUCCACCUUCAUCAAAGAGCCUCUCAGCCGCAAAGGAGAAAAAGGGACCCAAAAUUGGAGGGGAACUACUGUUGCCGCGCGGAGAGGAACAGUCCAUGUUCCUCAACAGUUUAAAGUAG